CAUUAUAAGAAGAGUGUGACAUAUUUUAUACUCUAUGUAAGUCCAAUGAUGUGACAGCUUUUGAAGGUAGGUUGCGAACUGUUCUGAGGAUGAAUGAUGAUUUUAGACAAUCAGUGCGAGCAAAAGGCAUUUUGGGGUGGUGUUUGUCAAGAGUGAGCUAAUGAGAAUAUCAGGAAAACACUAAGAGAUGGGAUGUGGUAAAUAUCCAGUAAGUUAUUAUACUAGAAGAAUGUACCUCAUUGUGGUGAGCGAUGCGAGCAUUUCAAUAUUUCCUAUGUUUUAGCGCUUAUUUAGAAUCACGUAAGCAUUACGGUAUGUUGGUCCGUGGGUCCGUUCACCAUUACUAUAUAAAUUCCGCAUACGCCAUACACCUAGGUUGGCUCGCUUUGCUCGCCAAUGAUGCUUGGUACUGACAUCCUCAAUCGCCGUGAUGUAUAUACUUCAGUAGGUGUGGGUCCCAUACUUGAGACACAUCCAAACGCAAGCGAUAGGUAUAGAGUAGAGAUAAUUAACAGCGAAAAGCAUUUGAGGAUUAUUGAUGUGAGAGGCCCAGUGGAGAUUAGAGGAAACGAGUGACAAAAUCUAGAUUCUCACAGUUCAGAAUCAAGGUAGGGCAGUGAGGGGUUUACAUUUCAGUGCAGUCAGCAACAUGCACUUGCACUUUGCAACAUUGAAGUGCAUGAGACUGACCUAGAGAUGCUAUAAAUGUCUUGCUGUAAGUCGUGGUAACAAGAGUUGUCAACUAUGGGCUUGCAGUCAUCAGCAUACAGGGAUUUUUUGUUCCUUCUCUGUAGUGAGCGCAGGCCAUAACGGCCUUUUCCUUUGCCAAAUGAGACUCCUAAAAGCGUGGAGACUUGACUAGCCGAUGCUGGGUUGGGCUGGAUCCAACGAUAUGGUGACAUGAUUGAUUGGCUAUGGAAAGCCAACAUAGGUCAUCUAGUCUCCAGCUCCGCGGGACACCUGGUAGGUGUAGUUUGCAGCAUCUGAAGAGUGAGCCUGUUUGAGUGAUCGAAACUUACGCAUGCGCACACGCCCGCUUACGCUUACUGCCAACUGCCAAACCCAUAAUAGCGUGCGCAAAAGGGGAAAACCCGGGGUUUCUCCGGGCUAGCGAAGUUGCGCAGCGGUGUUAAAAAGCGGCUUCGGGCAUCUAUCUGUCGUGUCAGUGUAUUUAGCAUGUGGACUAUACACCUAAAGAGCGUGAAGGGAGAAAGGCUAAGCGUGCAACUAGUAAAGGGAUCUGCGACAAGUGUUCGUGAAUUGAAGGAGCAGGUCCACUGCAAGGAAUCAACUCUACCUCCAUACCUCCAGAGAAUAUCUUUCCAAGGACCAGAUGGUAACAGUAUCUUAAAAGAGGAAGACAGUCUUCUCUCCUCCUACAAUGGAUUAAAGGACAAUGCUGUUUUACUACUACUCAUUCUUACACCAUUUGUGGUCUAUGUUCAAGGAGCCGAUGGGUGCAAACACACUGUAACUGUCCGGUCUGCGGAGCCUGAUAAUUACCCUUUGUCAAGUCUGAUGCAAGAUGUCGAGAGAAUUACUGGCUGCAGCCUUACCACCCAUCACGUCCUUUUUCAGGAUAAGCCUCUGCAACCCACUAGACAUGGCAAAGCCCUCAUACUCCGGGACUGCAGGAUCAGGAAAGAGGAGACACUCUUUAUUCAAAGGAUGGGAUUUACCCUUAACAUCACUAACCCCCAGGUAGAUCUCUGCUUCUUAGUAGACUGUACUGGAUCAAUGGGUAGCUACAUUGAAGCGGUCAAGAACAAUGUCAAGCAGUUGAGGGAUGACUUGGUGGAGCAAUACAAAGGUUGUGAUAUCCGAUUUGCUUUUGUCAGAUAUACUGACUAUGAUGUGGCCAGCAACAGAACCACUUUUAUUAAUUUCACGAAGUAAGUAGUAAGUACCUAUCAUAUGCAUAAUUAUUAUAUAGAAUAUUCAUUUCCCUGAUUUGGUGUCUCCAAAAUGCCCAGCCACAAGCAUCCAUAGCUGAAUACAAAGUCGUACAAAGGCGCAGACUUGUAGAUCUAAACCUAGUCGUCGCAACGGGCUUAUUUUUCUAUUUAUUUAUUGG